AUGGAUACGAGCCGCAUACAGCCCCUCAAACUGGCCCAGGUUACCAAGGUGCUGGGCCGGCUGGGUUCGCAGGGCCAGUGCACCCAGGUUCAUGUUGAAUUCAUGGACGACACCAGUAGAUCCAUCAUCCAGAAUAUAAAGAGGCCUGUCCGUGAGGGGGAUGUCCUGAUGGUGCUGGAAUCUGAGCAUGAAGCAAGGUGA